AUGGCCAUUUUAUACUGGACAAGAACACCUACAUCUGGUGCCAAUUUGAGUUCAACUACUGUUGUUGCUCCCACCAGCGUACCAUGUACAAGUUCAAAAGCAACCACUUCAGUAACAACUAAAAGACCAAGAACCAAGUUGGGUGAUGCUAAAACUGGAAGUUCUAAAACCAAUUCAGGUGCUACUAAAACUGGAAUGGUUCAAACCAAGAGUAUUAGAUUUGGAGAUGCUGUGUUUUCUACCCAAGGAUCUUCAACUGCUGCAACUGGACGUUCAACAGUUAUGCGCACACCUGAAUGUGUUUUGAUGUGAAAUGGUGUUGCUGUUGCUAUUUUUGUCAUUACUAGUAUUUGAAGUUACCUUUGCAGCAAUGUUAGAAAUGCUGAUGUUGUUUUUCUUUUCCCAUUAUUUGGACAUGUUC